ACACACAGACACACACGCACACAGACACAUACACAGACACACACGAGCACGCACACACACACGCGCGCGCGCACACAGAGAAAAUCCUCUUGCGUGUUGAUUUAUGGAAACAAUUAUGAUUCUGCUGGAGUCUCUCAGCUGAGAAAUAGUUUUUAGCUACAGUAGAGAGUCUCAUGUUGCAAAAGGCAGACAACAGAAAUGGAAUACUUAUAUAUCCAGCUGUUAUCAAGAGAAACAAAGGAUUCAAGUAGCAAAGCAGGUCCAGACAACUGAGCUUAUUACAACCUGUUUUUUGAAGCAUAUCUCAACUGAAAGGUACUAAAGGAGCCAUCCUCCUGAUAUCAGUGACUAAAGGAUAAAGAUCCCCUUUUGGAAAGAACCACCAAUCUCAAUUAAGUAGAUCCACCAUUCACUGCCAAGGUAGAAGGAGGUCAAUGACCUAGGAGCAACGGUCCAACUUGAGAUUGAAUUUUCAUUAUGGUAUUCCUGAACACCCAGGGCACUGCACUAUAAUGCACAAAUGGAUACUGACAUGGAUCCUGCCAACUCUGCUCUACACAUCAUGCUUUCACAUUAUCUGUCUAGUGGGCACCAUAGCUUUCGCUUGCAAUGACAUGACUCCAGAGCAAAUGGCUACAAAUGUGAACUGCUCCAGCCCUGAGCGACACACUAGAAGCUAUGAUUAUAUGGAAGGAGGGGAUGUAAGAGUGAGAAGACUUUUCUGUCGAACACAGUGGUAUCUGAGGAUUGAUAAACGAGGAAAAGUAAAAGGGACUCAAGACAAACAAACUAAUUAUAAUAUUAUGGAGAUCAGAACAGUGGCAGUUGGAGUGGUGGCAAUCAAAGGGGUGGAAAGUGAAUAUUUUCUAGCGAUGGAUAAAGAAGGAAAACUCUAUGCAAAGAAAGUCUGCAAUGAAGAUUGCAACUUCAAAGAAUUCAUUCAAGAAAACCAUUACAACACAUAUGCUUCAGCAAAAUGGACAAACAGUGGAAGAGAAAUGUUUGUUGCAAUAAAUCAGAAAGGGUCCCCUGUAAAGGGCAAAAAGACAAAAAAAGAACAGAAGACAGCCCAUUUUCUUCCUAUAGCAAUCACCUAACCCUAUAUAGGACAUAAGGAACCAGUUCCAGCAGGAAGAUUUCUUUAAGUAGACUUGUAAAAAGUAACUAAGAAAGGCUGGAAAACUACUGAAAAAUACAAAAACAAAAACUGAACAAGCUGGACUUGCACGUUUAUGUUUAUUUUAAGAGACUGCAUUAAAAGAAAGAUUUGAAAUUAUACACAAAAUCAGAUUUAGUAACUAAAAGUUGUAAAAAAUUUUAAACGAAGUUGUACAAUCAUGAUGUUAGUAAGAGUAACAUUUCUUUCUUAAGUUAAUUUACCCUUAAGAGUAAGUUGCGACUUGAUUGUCUGAUGAAUAUUAUUUAAAAAAUUUUCUAUCUGCUUAUUAAAAUGGCUGCUAUAAUAAUUAAGAGAAGCAGAGGGUGUUAUGUAAAAUAUGUUGGACUUAAAGGCUGCUGGAAUGAUAUGUCAGAUCAUCAAGUCAAUGCUACCUGUGGAAGUUGAGCAAGGUUUGAGAUGUUUUCCAGUAAAGAAAUUUGAAAUUCCAUAUAUUCUACCCAGAAAAAAAAAAUCAAUGCUCUUAAAAUUGCAGUAGUGAAUCAAAAACCUAGUUUGAAAAAUAGAUUGUACUAAUAGGGGAAAAAACAAUCAUAAGUAUGAAUACAAAUAGUAAUGCUGCUCAAUUUAAAAGGGUAUUUCUUAGAGGUUGUUUCACAAUCUUGUAUAUAAAACCAUAACAGUAAUAAUACCAAUGUACUUCAUCUCACUUUCUACAAAGUAGCAUAUUAUAAACUCAAAAAAUUAAAAUUCAGACAUAAUUAGGUUUUUUAUGUAACAUAAUCUAUCUUUUGUAUAAUUCCUGUUAGGGCAUAUGGCUUUUUGAAUAUUGUUCUUCCCACCGAUACUCAUGCUUUUUCUGUUGUUACCAGCAUUAAACUUUAUCUUAAGUUGUAUUUGAACGUUAUUGUUUUAAGUUAUUUAAGUUUAUGUUAUUUAUAAAAAAAAACUUAUUAAGUUGCAUCUGUUUCAUAUGCUUUUAAUUCUAAAGGAAUAACAAAAUGGUCUGGCUCAGCUGCAUGUUUUUCCCCCCUAUGACCAGACACUAAGUCUAGUACACAACACUCAUGCCAGCAAACACUGGAUGGCAGACAAAAAUGACAGCCUGCAGCAAUUCCUACAAUGGAUGUCUCACAGGGAACAAGACAAAAAUGUGAAAAAUAUUUUGCCACAUACUCUUGCCAAAGAAGUUGGAGAGUUCAGUUGAAAUCACAGCAGAUAAAAAGUUAGAUUUUAAAAAUAAUCAUUGAUUCAAACUUUGAGAAUGAAAAGAGUAACCUAUUUUAAAAAUAAAGACAUAACCAAAAUAACAACAACAUUAUGUGUCUUCAGUUUCCAAAAAAGACUUAGAUGUGGCCCAUAGAAAUAAAUGAUCUUUUCCAAUAAAGCAGGACUAUUAGUGUUUCACAUAGAGUUCUCAGAUUCAUUAUGGAGGUAGUGCCCAGAGCAAGACUAACAUAUAAGUGGGAAAGUGUGGCCAGCUAAAUGAUAUAAUUUUAGAAACAUCAUAAAAUCCUACCUGAACAAUGAUUGACCCAAGAGAUAAUCUUCUGGGACCCAACUUGGUGUACUUAAAAUGACAUUGGACUUAAAGAGUCAAGAGAGAAUUCCAUAGCCAGUAUCUAUCUAUGUAAUUUUAAGUAACUCAAUGUUUCUAAGGCUCAGUUUUUAAAUCUUUAAAAUGAAGGGAUUUAGGCUAAUGAUCUCCAAUGCCCCUUCUAGUUCUAACAUUGGAUGAUUCAUACUUGGCCUGAAAUUCCCACUAAUAGAAUAUAAUUCAGGAUUAGACAAAAAAUCAGGAACAUUGUCUCUACUAGGUUAUUGAGGAAAAGGCGAUACUUGUCAUGUGAAAAUAGAAGGAAGACUCAGAAUCUUCUCUAACUUUUCUCUAUCUGAAAUAUUAACUCAUAUUAUUGGUUAAUUAUCCUCAAGGUAGACAUAAGCAUAGAUAAGUACCUAUGAAUAGAAAGAAAUUGCAGUGACAAGUCUUCCAUUCCAAUUAUUAUCAUUAUAUGUUAUAAUUUUAUGAUGUAUAAUUUUAGUUUUAAUUGGCUAUGAGUAAAAAUAACUGGAUAUUUUAUUUAGAAACUAAUAAUAAAUUAUUAGAUGGUCUAUUUUA